AUGUGUCUCCUUACUCCUGACAGCUGUACUACAUUUAACACUGACACAGCAGUGUCACAGGUCAACGCCGACACAGCAGUGUCACAGGUCAACGCCGACACAGCAGUGUCACAGGUCAGCACUAACACAGCUGUGUCACAGGUCAACGCCGACACAGCAGUGUCACAGGUCGACGCUGAUACAGCAGUGUCACAGGUCAACGCGGACACAGCUGUGUCACAGGUCAGCACUGACACAGCUGUGUCACAGGUCAACGCCGACACAGCAGUGUCACAGGUCAACGCCGACACAGCAGUGUCACAGGUCAACGCGGACACAGCUGUGUCACAGCUCAGCACUAACACAGCUGUGUCACAGGUCAAUGCCGACACAGCAGUGUUACAGGUCGACGCUGAUACAGCAGUGUCACAGGUCAACGCCGACACAGCAGUGUCACAGGUCAACGCCGACACAGCUGUGUCACAGGUCGACGCUGAUACAGCAGUGUCACAGGUCAGCACUAACACAGCUGUGUCACAGGUCAACGCCGACACAGCUGUGUCACAGGUCAGCACUCACACAGCUGUGUCACAGGUCAGCACUGACACAGCUGUGUCACAGGUCAACACUGACGCAGCUGUGUCACAGAUCAACACUGACGCAGCUGUGUCAAAGGUCAACACUGACGCAGCUGUGUCACAGGUCAACACUGACGCAGCUGUGUCAAAGGUCAACACUGACGCAGCUGUGUCACAGGUCAACACUGACGCAGCUGUGUCAAAGGUCAACACUGACGCAGCUGUGUCACAGGUCAACACUGACGCAGCUGUGUCACAGGUCAGCACUGACACAGCUGUGUCACAGGUCAACACUGACGCAGCUGUGUCACAGGUCAACACUGACGCAGCUGUGUCACAGGUCAACACUGACGCAGCUGUGUCACAGGUCAACACUGACGCAGCUGUGUCACAGGUCAGCACUGACACAGCUGUGUCACAGGUCAACACUGACGCAGCUGUGUCACAGGUCAACACUGACGCAGCUGUGUCACAGGUCAACACUGACGCAGUUGUGUCACAGGUCAACACUGAAGCAGCUGUGUUGCAGGUCAACACUGAAGCAGCUGUAUCGCAGGUCAACACUGACGCAGCUGUAUCGCAGGUAACACUGAUGCAGCUGUAUCGCAGGUAA